CUCAUUUCACUGAUUUGCAGGAUUUUUGGAAUUUGGUCGCAAAAUUAGUAGUAACUGCUCAAGUUCUAACAAUUUAAAACUUUAAUUCAACUGCAGAAUUUCGAAGUCGUAGAAUUGUACAGAUUUACAUUAUACGAUUGUUGCUUAAUAAUAUUGUAUGAAAUUUUACUGUUUGCACGGCGAAGUAUUGUUGUUAAAUUUGUGAAGAUGUAAAGAUGGACAGGUGAUCAUCUGGUGAUGCAGAUGCUUUUAACUUUUGUGACGUUGUGAUACGUGAAUCUGGAAGAGGCAGCCUCAGUCAGGAAGACAAACAUUUUGCGCAGGCACACAGACUGUGUUGCAUCCUUCUCCAGUCUUGACAAGGCUGUUGAGUGUUGCAGUUGUGCCAUCUCUUCCUUCUAGCAACGUGAACAUUCGUUAGCUAUUUGGACCCCACAUUCAAAUUCGAAGGAUUGGCAAGAGUUUCAGAGGUUCCCUCCGAAGCAGAUGGUAAACAUGGAUAAACUGCGUCGUCACUUGAGUGGAGAUGUGGAAGAGAACCGUGGCAUCGUGGAUGAGCUGUGGGAUGCCACGAGUUUAUCGUGGGAAACACGCAUCAAAGGCUUUAUUGGCUGUUUCGUGCUCGGCGUGGUCUUGUCCAUUCUCGGUUCGUGUUUCCUAUGGAUUCCUGGUGGUGGUCUCACCCUGUUCGCUGUGUUUUACACCUUCGGAAAUCUCCUGAGCCUGGGGAGUACGUGCUUUCUGAUGGGCCCUAUUAAUCAGAUCAAAAAGAUGUUCAACGAAACCCGGUGGAUUGCCACACUGGUUAUGAUUGUAUGCUUUGCGCUCACGCUGAUGGCGGCACUCUGGUGGCAUAAUGCUGCCUUGGCGCUCAUCUUCUGUGUUCUCCAGUUCCUGGCCAUGACUUGGUAUUCCAUUUCCUAUAUUCCCUACGCACGAAACGCCGUCAAAGGAUGCCUAUCUGCCUGCAUCAACUAAAAUUAACGGUUAGUUGAUAAGUAGAUGCUGUCGAUUUUUUCUGUAUUUAAUUAUUAAUUAACUUCUGUCUUUUAUAUCCAAAAGCUCACCUCUUCAGCUCCGUUUUGCAUGUUUUUGAUGGAAUUUUGGUUAAUCAGUGUCAACGCUUUGUGGUUGUUUUAAUGCGACUCAGUGUUAAAUCACGACUGCGUUUUGAAGGCAGCUUCUGUAGAUUACUUAAGUUAAAAUAGAACACAGAUGUUAAUGUGUCAGUAUAAAAACUCAUGUCAAAGAUUGAAAAAUGCCCUUAUAAAGCUGAUCUUGG